AGGGAGAGGGAGACCGCCUCUUUCUCACACGCACACACACGCGCGCGCGCACACACACACACACACAGCCUCCAUCCUUCACUUCACUCGAUCGAGCUGCAACCACCUGCAAGUAUGCACGUUUCUCGCCGGUUGGGAUCCUCGGUGAACAGCGCAGAGUGGUCACAGGCACGGAGCUCCGGCCCCGCCGCGCCUCCCACGAGCUGUUAGCGUGCGCGCGGAGCGGGAGGCGGGCUCCUAGUGUUGUUUAUGCCACACACCGACAAACGUCUCGACAUGGCUCUGGCUUCGUCUCAACGCGCGCGGUUUCGCGACCGACCCUGGACACGAUAAGGAGCUGAGAGCGCGGCGCGGAUCCUCUUGAUGAACGUCACAAGUCAGGUUGAGUGGCCAUGGACCCAUUCAACCAGCUCAUUCUCGCCAUCAGUUUCUUCGCCUUCCAGUGGCUCUUCCACAGAGUCAGCCCCUGGACAUCCACACGCAUCAACCACAGCUUCCUCGGCCUCAGCGACAAGCAGAAGGUGGAAUGGAACUCCAGGACGGUGUCGACGUUUCACGCGCUGUUGGUGGGAAUCUUCUGUCUGUACAUCUUGUUCUUCGAUGACGCUGUCAAUGAAGACCCGGUCUGGGGAGACCCUACACUGGUGAAGACUAACGUCGCCAUCACAACAGGCUACCUCAUAUCUGAUAUGCUGCUGAUAUUUUAUUAUUGGAAGGCGAUAGGGGACACAUUUUUUGUAGUUCACCAUCUGGCAGCGUUGUUUGCUUACUACUAUGUACUGGGCGAAGGAUUGUUGCCUUAUUUUGCCAACUUCCGUCUGCUUGCUGAGUUUUCGACGCCAUGUGUGAACCAGCGCUGGUUCUUUGAGAUACUAGGUUAUCCCAAGUCCUCCCGGCCCAACAUGGCGAAUGGCGUCGCCAUGACAGUCGUCUUUUUUCUGGUCCGCAUCGCCGUCAUGCCCGUGUACUACAUCCGCAUGUACGCGGUCUACGGCACUGAGGCUUUCUACCUGGUGUCCUGGGGUGGCCGCGUGGCUUGGAUCGGCUCCAGUAUCUGCUUGGACAUCAUGAACGUCAUGUGGAUGCAUAAGAUUGGCCGCGGCUGCCACAGGGCGCUGCGCUCGGCGCGCCAGAGCAAAGCCGACCCCCGUCAGGGGAACGGGAAGACGGAUUAGAGGGAGACAGGGUGUCGGUGGCCAGGAAGCUCAAACGGAGACACGAUGAAGUCACUCCCGGCGCAUUGGGGGAGCGGCAGCUCGGACACUCAACCUGUCCUGCACCUGGGGGAGAGUGACACCACAUGGUUCCUAACGGAUCGUUUCCUUCCCAACAAUGUAUGGACCCUUGAACUGGCCUUCCGCAAUACUGUGUGCAUGGACAAUUAUUUUUCUCUCACCACAACAGAGUCCUUUAUAUAUUUUCAGCUCAGCAAAAGACUUAAUCAUCAUUCUUUUCUUUCUUUUCCAAUCCCAUAAUUACACAGUUCAUCACUCACUGUCAUUCAGUUCAGAGAAGUUUAUCCGACAUUGUGACUCUUGGUAACAUUGGAAGGUGUCAUUUAUAUAAGGUACACUUUAUGUCUUCUAUUUCUUUUGUCUUGCUGGAGUCAAGGCAAAUUAGUUUUGAAUAUUCAAACAGUUAAAUAUGCUGUUUUUAUUGAAAAGGAUGCCGGUGUACAGAACACCCUCGAAAUGCUUAAAGGGAGGGCGAACGUCAGCGCUGUGUUUGUACGCUGAUGCGAAGCAACGCAAGAACAUUCGCCGUUUUUCAAUAACGUGCAUACAACCUGAAAUUCCACAGAAUGCAGGACAGAAAUGCCGCGUUGCAUUGACACUGACAAGUUGUGGACAGAGUUUUGUGGGAGUCGUCAUUUAUGUCAGAUUGUGCAAUACAUGUUGGGGGUGAAACGGACGUGCUGAUUAGACCUCACAAAAACAAUAUUAAACUCAGAGGGCAGACCAAGAGCAGCAGCUUUGAGUGCUACGAGGCUCGGUGGGAAAUCUGACACCCUUUAGUUAUUCUGGCAACAGGUGUUGACCUUAAGUUUAGAUAAUGUUCACACUUCCUAUUUGUGAUAUCUUUUCAGGCACAAGCUGUUCAAGUCUACCCUUCUCCCCUGAGCAACAUUUACCAACAAGCUGCUAUGUGCGUUUACCGUGAAUUGAAUUCAGUUCAACACAUUUAUUUAACUGAUUGUUUUUUUUCGCAGAUUUUAAGUUUGAUGUAAAAAACUAAACACAUCCUGGAUAAUAGUCA